AUUCCAUUUCUGUUGAAUUUUACCCCAACUAGCGAAAGACAGAAUUAGUUUUUAACGUUGAGCAAGCCCGAGUAUCGCGGCGGGAAUUUCGCUCACGUCGCUCUUCGGAAUAUCUCCGGAAUCUGUGGUUUUCGACGGCUGCGUUCCUAGGAACCUGAACGAUAUGCCGGCUGCGACAGCAGUGCCCACACUCAAAGGUGCAGGAGACAAUGAGCCCUGCUUCCAGACUCAUCACCAGCAUCUCAUAAGCAUAUCGGAGGGUAAGGAGCCAGAUAUAGUUUUCCUUGGAGAUCACACGACAGCCUUCCUCUCGGUCACACAAGUCUGGGAUAUCCUGUUCGCACAAUCUCAUUCCCUCAACCUGUCUGCCGUGGAAGACAGAACUCAGAACUUAUUGUGGAGACUCGACAACUCCUUGCUCGACAAGGUCACGCCGAAGGUUGUCGUCAUCUCGAUCGGAUCGAAUAACCUACGAGCAGGCGACUCGCCUGAAGACAUCACCGAAGGAAUCGAAGCUUGCAUCAAAGCAGUUAAAGCUCACAAGCCCGAGAAGGCGCCUUUCAUAAUUGUCAUGGGUCUACUCCCGUGCUGCCAACACGAAUCGCCUCUUCGCUCUCGGGUCGUUGAGACUAAUGAACUUCUCAGAAUUGCGAUUGAGAAGCACGAUGACACACAACUCAUCGAUGUCAGUUCGAUCUUCAUCAAAGUGAGUCGCGUUCAGUUUUUUUCUCAAUUGCCCUCUGAUCCCGUCUACGAGUAAGGUGGUUUAUGCGGGAUAUCUGAUAUCAUGUUUUAUUCGCAGGAGGACGGUUCCAUCUCGCACACCGAUAUGUUCGAUUUUUUCCACCUCACUAAAUACGGUUACUACAAAGCAUUCGAACCGGUUCAUGACUUGGCUUCCCAAAUUCUUCAAGAAGCCUAUGGAAUCAAAUUCACGAAAAGUACUGACAGAUUAUGCGACAUGGACGGAGCUGUAUGAAGUGUCAGCGUCCUGGAAGGAAUUUCCGGGAACGCAGUACAUCAUGUCCACGAUCCAUAUGUAAGGUGAAAAUUCUCACUGCAAAUAUAUAUGCACCGGCUACUCCCAGUAUGGAGACACUCACGCAAUGAUAUCCCGAGCACUCGACAGAGUCGUGGUGACUGGCGAGCAGAAACAUCACCAUCAGCUUUACAACGACUGCGUGGAAUAUUCGCCCCCUGGGAUGACGUAUACGAAAGGAUUCCCG